AAAUAUACAUACUACGAAUUUUUCGGUUUCUGCUAAUUCACAUCUAAUUUCUAACUGUUUCAUAUUAAAUCGCCAAAUGUAAACUACUUUCAAAUCAUAUAGUUAGCGCAUUGCAUACUUUUAGGCGAAAUAUAGACUUUUUGAAUUGAAUUUCAACUCCUUUAAACUCCUUUAAAACUUUAAAAACCUUCAGGAAACUGUCAACUUUUACGUUUUUCCGGCCAGCCGCAGUAUUUAGUCUGAAAGAAUUUAUCCCACCUUCGGUGUCCACUGAGAUCAUCAGAUUUCCUAACACCAUUUAAGGAAUGGCCAACACGUUUUUUCUUUUUCCUGUUUUCGAUAAUUGUGUAAUUUUACGACUAAAUUUAUUUACUCAUUAGAAUUUUUUACUUCUACCUAAAUGAUAUGCCAAAAAUUCUAUGUUUAUGAUUCCCGUUGAAUUUUCCCGCAGAGUCUUAUUGAAUACACAAUGUAAAUUAUAUAGUAAAUUUAAUUUAAUAUCCUGUAUUUAUUUACAACUUCAUUCCGCGGAAUUAAUAUUCAAUGUUAAAUAUAGAAGGUGUUAACAAGAAAAAACGUUAACUUCGGUUGCACCGAAGCUAAAUACCCUUCACAGGUGCAUUUCUGUUAGUAACUAUAUGUUCAGUUUGUAUGGAAGCUAUAUGCUAUAGUAAUCCGUUCUAAACAAUUUUUUAUAGAUUACACUGUUGCCUUAAAAAAUAACAUAUACCAAAUUCGUGAAUAUAUCUUGUCAAAUGUGAAAAUUGUCCAUACAAGAACUUGAUUCCGAUCGUUCAGUUUGUAUGGCAGCUAUAUGUAUAGUGGCCCGAUAUCGGCUGUUCCGACAAAUGAGCAGCUUUUUGAAGAGAAAAUGACGUUUGCAAAAUUUCAAAAAGAUAUCUUAAAAACUGAGAGACUAGUUCGUAUAUAUACAGACAGACGGACAGACAGACAGACGGACAUGGCUAAAUCGACUCAGCUCGACAUACUGACCAUUUAUAUAUAUACUUUAUUGGGUCUCCGACGAUUCCUUCUGGGUGUUACAAACUUCGUGACAAACUUAAUAUACCCUGUUCAGGGUAUAAUGAAAAAUAAUGAAAAACGAGGACACGGUGAGUGAAAAAAUACGCUCACAUACUUAGAGAGCGUAAAAAAAUUUACAUAGUACAAAAGCAGGUGUGAAAUAUAAUUUAUAGCACAAUAUCGUAUAAGAAUUUCGUUGUUUCGUAAAAAAACUAAAUCUCUCAAUUGUCACUUGUCAAACAAAAAAGAAUCGAAUGUUAAAAGGGAAUCCGCCACUCCCAUUACAACUUCGAACAUAUAAAAUGAACUUAAUGGUUUUUACUUUUGAUUUUUCAGCAACAUACAUAUGUACAUUUUUUUAUCAGAUUCUGGAACUGAAAAUGCCGUUUACUCCAUUUUGUCUGCCUUUUAUAGGUUCUUUGGGCAUGCAUAUUCUCAGAAUAACUAACAAUUUUACUUUAAUUUUAUCCUACCGCUAACAAAUUUUAUAUACUUAUAGUAUGUAGAUGCAUCAUACAUCAUCGUUUUGGUAAGCAAUAAAAUUACAUGUGUAGCGACAAAGUUUGGUUGACAGCUCUUGUUUACGAAAUAAUUCUCUCAAUGCAAAAUAGCAUAAAAGCUAUGAUAUCUAAUGAUGCGCCUACCGCGCAAAACAGUACACGGUGCUGUCAGAUCUAACAGAUAAUAACAAACAUCAUACGCGUCAGCGUUAAUGUCAUUAUCAUUACGCUUACGCGAGCAGCGCGUCAGCCUGCGCUCUACGCUGCGAUAAAGUGUUCGGAAAUAACGCCGUGGCGCUUAGCUUACCACUUCAGUAAAAUUUGAACGCGCGUACGUAGCGUGCUAGGUCGCAAGCUGCGGGUUAGCGUUAGCCACUUGUUUUGGCACGCUUUUCGCAUUCAUAUUUCAGCGUUCAUAAGGCACGCGUCGGUUCGGAAAAUACAUUACAAUACUCAUUGGAAAAAGAUCAACUUUUUUGACGAUAAAUCUCUUGGCUUCUCUUCUCUUCGAAGCGUCGCUCGUGUUGGUUGAUUUCACUUGCUCACAUUUAAAUGUAAUUUGUGAUUAAUUUAUUAUCGGUUGUAAUGAUUUCCGCCGCCUGAGAAUUUCGUAAAUAAAAUAGUGGAACAAUUGCCAGAUAUUUCUUGUUAGCGGAACGCGCAUUACUGUCAGGUCGAUUGUUUCAAAAUAAGAAAUGCCUCCAAAAGUGCCCUCAGCCAUGUCAUGGAUCUCGUCUUCUGUUGUGAUUUGUUUUCGAUUCCGGCCGCUGCUGCUGUUCGUGUUUUUUGCUCUAUGUGUUGCUUCUUUACGCGUUACAAAUAUGGAAUAUAUCUCACAUUAUAAUCAGCACAAUUUUACCUGUGAGGGCUGGAAGCGGGCUCCCGAGGCGGCAGCGGGUAAUUGCACACGUUACGGCCGCAAUGGAGCUCUGCGCUGUUAUGGCGGCAUAAGUAAUUUACCUGCAAUACCCGAACAAAAGAUGCACCGCUUAGAGGAUAUAAUUUUCUGUGGCUGGCCGAAGCACACCUUCAACCCCAUUACCGAUUUGCAGGCAUUUCCGAAAAUACGCUCGCUAAUUAUCGAAUACAGCGAGAUGCGAGAGUUCGUUUUCGAUUUUCCCGAAAUGUUUUAUCUACAAAGCAUCAAUAUAUCAUGGACGAAUCUAUCUCAAGUAAAUGCGCGCACCUUCAAGCGUGUACACGCCCUACGUAUCGUCGAUCUACGUUGGAAUAAGUUGGUGCAAUUGGAUGGGCCACUCCUGUUGCCUCGCUACUUCGAGGAACUCUACUUAGCUGACAAUCCUUGGAAUUGUACGCGCAAUUUUAAAUGGCUCUUGGUACCAGAGAAGGGUGCCAUUGUCGUUGAUCGUGAUGAGAUUAUUUGCAUGGAUAAGAAGUACCGAGAUCGUCAUAUGUUGACUGUGAUGAAUUUUAAAGUGAUGCUGCGCAAGGAAUGCCAAACGCACUAUGAUUUACAAAAUUGUACCUGCACAAUGCAUCACAUCAUUCCGAAGACGCACAUACCACUCUACACAAUCAAUUGUAGUAAUUUGCAAUUUCGAACAAUGCCCAGUUAUAUACCAGCAAACACAACAACAGUGUAUCUCAAUGAUAAUGAGAUCACAGAUAUAUUACCUUUACGUAACAAUCCAUAUUAUCGUCACGUGGUGGACAUCCAUUUGGACAAUAACCGCAUUGAGACGAUUGAUGUGUUAGAAGGUGGCUUUUGGUUUGAGCACUUUCGCUUACUCAGCUUGCGCGGUAAUCGAUUGCAAAAGUUACCUGUCUACGCACUCGAUAACGCACUGGACGACAAUCUCGACGCGAAUCUCCUACUUCUCAGCGGCAAUCCUUGGCAAUGCACUUGCAUAUUUACAAUGCGUUUUCGUGAGAUACUCAUGAAGUACAAUGAAAUAACGCGUGAUGCCAUAAAUAUCACGUGUACCUAUAAAAACAGCAGUCCGGUGCGUCGCGCCAAUGUGCUCUCGCUUACACGUGAAGAUGUCUGCAAACCGGAAGAGGAGCCGAAAAUAUAUCCUCUCGAUAUGCUCAAUGCAGUGUUGGCCUUUCUUAUACUUCUAAUUCUGAGUAAAUUAGCUUACGACUACUAUUACUAUAAAAAUUUUGGGCGCGUGCCAUGGAUUGUAAUGAAGUUGCCAUAAAUUUUGUCGAGGGAACAUACAAUUCCUCUAAUAUGUUAAAAAACUCUAAUUUGUGAUUAAUUUAGUUUAUUAAGUAGACUAAAUAAGAUAAAAAAGGUAAAUAUAACUAUUAAAAUGUGAACAUGAAACCCGUAUGUGAUUAAAAUUAAAUAUAUUAUAUGUGAUGUACUAAUAAACAUAUUAGAAUGCCUUAGGAAGAUUAAAAGGUAGCAAUGAAAGUUUAGAAUAAAAAUUUAAAAUAUUUUAAGCGACUAAGGAUUAUUUUGUUAUUAUUAAAGGUACUAAGAGCUUAGUAAUUAAAAAAUAAUUUUUAAAUUAACAAGUAACUAAGGACUAAUUUGGGGUCUAACCCAACAUUUGAUACCCUUGCAACUUAAAAAUAUCAAAGCGGGCUUAAUACCUUCAGAAGGCGGAAAAACUUUAUCGCAUAUUAAAGAAGCUAAGUUCAGGUCUAACCAAAUAUUUUAUACUUUUGCAACUUAUCAAAGAUUGCAGGUGUUGGCAAUACUCCCUUAGUUUUAUUAUAAUCUUCACAUGAGAUUUAUGUGAUAUAAACUCAACCGAAGAGACUAAAAGCGCGAUUCUGUAAGCAGUCUCUAGUCACUAUUUGAGACAUUUUGAGGUAAAGUCUCAAUUUGUGACUACACUCUCACUAAACAGUCUCCAGCGUUAGUCUCAAAUUUGUCACCUGAUAGUUAGCAGGUCACAAAACUAAAAAGAUCUCUUGUUUGCCAUUUUGAACGUACUGAAUAGGGAUCAUUAUACAUAGAUAUUAAACGAUUGUCGUUCUUUUAUUUUUUUGUAAGUAACUCAAACACGAAAAGGUUAAAAAUAAAUCAAUCUAUAUACUUAUGUACAUAUGUAUGUAAAUAAAAACGCUCAAUA